GGCCCUAAUGACCGGCCUAGUCAAACCAUGUAUAGUAAGAGGAGCAUAUGAGUGCAUUUACUGCUGAUCAAUAUUUACAGCUUAGAUUCCUUCCAGACUUCAUUGAUAUGACCGUUGCUAUAAAGAUCUAACGGCUAUUUGUAACUUACUUUCAAAUUUUGAAUUUCAGAAAGCUCGGCAAAUAGGAUUAUGGCAACCUUUCUUUACCUUCUAUAAUUGCAUAAAGUAAUCUUAAAUAACUCUCAUCAAAUUUUGGAACUUUACAAUCUUCUUCCUCCUUCGCAAGAAAUGCCGUUGAGACCCAUCGAUAAUGCGCUUCCAACAACUUCGCCGGCGAGACCCAAAAAGCAGGUGAAAAUCUCAGUUCCAAUCGAAAAACAGCCUGAUUUUGGAGCAAACGGUGAAAACAAGGCUCCAUUGCCAUUACCUUCAGAUGCGGCUAUUGAUUACAUCUCUUCUGAGAAUCUCCAAGCCAUAUCUGAUCCAGAGUCCAAGAUACAAAGCUUAAUUGAAGGACUAGAAUCAAAGGAUUGGACAAAGGUCUGCGAGUCUCUUAAUAAUGCAAGGCGGUUUGCUUUGUAUCACUCAUCUCUCUUGGUCCCUAUCUUGGAGAAAGUGAUGGAGGUAGUGGAAAAAGCUAUGAAGAACCCAAGAAGUGCUUUGUGCAAGACUUCUAUCAUGGCAGCUUCUGACAUUUUCAAAGCCUUCGGGGACAAAUUACUCGACUCAACCAAUUCUGCUGCGUUUGAUAACAUGCUACUUCAGCUACUGCUUAAAGCUUCACAAGACAAGAAGUUUGUUUGUGAAGAAGCAGACAAGACGCUGAAGGCAAUGGUGGGUUUCAUUACUUCACUGCCUCUCCUUCAUAAGCUCAAGGCAUAUGUCAGCCACAACAACCUUAGAGUCAGAGCAAAAGCUGCUAUGUCCAUUUCUAUUUGUGUCUCCAAGAUGGGACUAGAAGAAAUGCAAGAAUUUGGGUUGGUUUCAUUGGCUCAAAUAUCGGCCGAAUUGUUGAAGGACAGACUGCCCGAGGCGAGAGAAGCUGCCAGAAGUACUGUAAUUUCCAUGUACAAUGCAUUUACAGAAAAUGAAGAGCAAAAGCAGGAAGCAUGGCAAAGCUUUUGUCAAUCUAGUUUGCCACCCAUUGAUGCUCAGUCCAUGCUCAAAAUUACAACUUCACAAUAGAGUUUAAGGUUGGUUAAUAUUCUACUUCUCUUGAUACUCUUCGAGAAAAUGGUAAAAAAUGCUCAAAUAAAUUAUUAGAUUUUUUUUAUGACAAUUUUUGUAAGUUGCUUCAAUAAUAUCGAUUAGUGGGAGCCGCUAGACUGCUUUACAUCCUGGAGUUCUUACAUGCAAAACCAUUCUAAGAAGAGCUAUAAUUCAGUUUGUUUUGAGCAAGCAACAUCAAUUCAUAAAGAUUUCAGCAACACCAACAAAAGAAUUGUAAUUGUCCAAGACUCAAGAGUUUAGGCUAUCUCUCCCAAAUAAAGCCUAGAGGAAAUCAGCCGUAGAAAUCAAUACUAAAUGUUCUAUUGCGUACAUAGCAAAAGCCAUAGAAGAAAGCAAAUGGUCGUGCUACUUUGUUGAAUCAGUGAGAACAAAGCCUUCGCGACAUCAGCUAAUGGCUUGUACGGCAUAAAGCUUAAGCUGUCUCUUCUUCACAACAACAGCAUUCUUCAUAUCUGAUUUAACUUCAUCAUGAAGUUCCUGCAAAAGUUGAAGUUCUCAUGUAGUGAAUUUGAUCCUAACAGUUUUCAUGCAACAAAAAGGUCUGAAGUUUAAUUGAAAUUAAGUUAAGAAUGCUUACUUUCACAAA